CCCGCGGGAGCUACAGCUGUAGCUGCGGGGAGGUAGCCGAGUACUGCAGCUGAUUGGGUGAGGAGUGGGCGGAGUAUAGAAAUACCACCCCAUCGGUGAGCGGCCCCAGCAGCCUGUCUGUCAGGCCUGGACAGGGGAGGACUCUGCGCGCCGCAGCCCCAUACUUAUCCCUACAGCAGAGAUGAGCCGACAGGCUGCAGGAGGAAGAUCCGUGUGGGCUGGGCCGAGGAGAGCAGGCCACAGUCCGGCCCGGCUUCCUCUGGAACUACCCCUGUCUCGGUAGGUGCGGGGUCAGGGUCAGACCGCUUGGGCUUCUCCGUCGCUUCACUGCUCGUCGUUAAAGCAUCACACCCCACACCCUGACCUCUUCGACCUCAAGUUACUUCCGUGCAGCGGGCAGCUCCAGAACAAGAGAUGUAUCCACGUACCCGGAGCUGCAUUGGUGCCGAGGGCUCGGCCUAGACUACUACGCGCACCUGGAACGCGCCAACAAGAGCGGCCCACAAGCGUGCUCAACACGGACUGUCCGGUCCGGUUAAGGAGUCACCUUUUUUGUACUGGGAAUCACGGCUCCUUCCCCACAUCCAGAACGAGUGGCGUGAGGGUGUUAGGGGUCGCUGCUCUCCCGGGAACUCAACCGGGCCAGGCCGGGCACCGGCACAGCGUCGCGGAGGAAGGUCACGUUCAGAAAUCUAAAUCCCCUGACCCUUCUCAGUUUCGCCCAGCCUACAGUACCGGGGCCCCAGCUGAGAGAGGACUGGUGCUCCUCGGGGUCCCUCCCACUCCUGCGGGGCCAAGGGUGAUGGCCCGGCCCGGGGAUCCGCGGCGCCUCUGCAGGCUAGUGCAGGAAGGCCAGCUGCUAGCCCUGCAGGAGGAGCUGCAGGCGGCUGGAGGCUACCAAGGACCGACCGGGGACACCCUCCUCCACUGUGCUGCCCGCCACGGGCGCCGGGACAUCCUAGCCUAUUUAGCUGAAGCCCGGGGUAUGGACAUCGAGGCCGCGAACCGAGACUACAAGCGGCCUCUACACGAAGCUGCCUCCAUGGGCCACCGGGACUGCGUGCGCUACUUGCUGGCCCGAGGGGCAACUGUGGAUAGCCUGAAGAAAGCCGACUGGACUCCUCUGAUGAUGGCUUGCACAAGGAAGAAUCUUGAAGUGAUCCAGGACCUUGUAGAACAUGGAGCCAAUCCACUCCUGAAGAACAAAGAUGGUUGGAACAGUUUCCAUAUUGCCAGUAGAGAAGGCGACCCUCUGAUCCUCCAAUACUUGCUCACUGUUUGCCCAGAUGCAUGGAAGACGGAGAGCAAAAUUAGAAGAACGCCUCUGCACACUGCAGCAAUGCAUGGCCGUUUAGAAGCAGUAAACGUGCUUCUUGAGAGGUGUCAGUAUGAACCAGACUGCAAAGACAACUGUGGUGUCACCCCCUUUAUGGAUGCAAUUCAGUGUGGUCACAUCGACAUAGCCAGGCUACUCCUUGAAAAGCAUGAGGCUUGCUUUUCAGCUGAGGAUAGCCUGGGGGCCCAGGCUCUGCACAGGGCAGCAGUCACUGGGCAAGAUGAAGCCAUCCGAUUCUUGGUGUCUGAUCUUGGCGUUGAUGUAGAUACAAGAACAGCAACCCACCUCACAGCACUUCAUUUUGCAGCUAAGGAAGGACAUACAAGCACGGUUCAGACUCUCUUGUCCUUGGGUGCUGACAUCAACUCUAAAGAUGAAAGAAAUCGAUCAGCCCUGCAUUUGGCCUGUGCAGGUCAGCACUUGGUUUGUGCUGAAUUUCUCAUGCAGUUGGGGCUAAAGGAUUCUGCCGACAUAUCCGGAACCCUGGCUCAGCAGCUCACAAAGACAGCUGGUGUCCUUCAGGGCUUUGACCACAGUGAGAUGGCAUAAGGAUGUUUCUAAAAGGAGACAAUAAAGUAUGUGGUAAUCAAUAUCCUGCUUCUUAAGUCAUUAACAGACUCACUGAAAGUAUUCAGUAAUUGAUGUUUUCUUCUCUUCCUGCCUUCCCUCUGGCAUGUUCCUCUCCUGCUGAGGACUUCCUGGAUUACCAGUAAUCUGAGUUCCUGGCUCCAUGACUGACAUGUUAUGGGAUCCUGAGCACAAUUUCAAUCUUUCCAUAAUCCAAUUUCUUGUUUUUCUACCCUUAAUGUAGAAUUAGAUAAUGUCUGUGAAGUCAAUCUCUAGAAUGCUUAGAGAAGCAUAUAACAUGAAUGAAUAUACAUAUACACCUUUAUGAAAAUGUAUUAUGAUAAAUGCUAUAUGGUAAGGCAAUGAUAACAUCAAAAAUAUAAUAUAAAUUGCUAUUAGCUUGGACCAUAAAACAUAAUUGGCCUAUGUAGCUUCUUCCUUCAUAAACUUUUACUUGGCCAUUACAGUGAUCCAACACUUUGGUUUCAUAGGAAGGAAAUGCUUAUAUCUGUCUAAACUGACAUUUGUAAGGAAUUAAUGAAAACUUUUCUAUAUUCUAAGUACUGCUAGUUAAGUCAUAAAGUUUUAAUCUGUAUAAUGUUCUUUAUAACUUUAUAAUUUUUUGUUUUAAUAGACAAAUUCUUGAUCCCCUUCAAGUAAUAAAUACAACUAGAAAAUACAAUUAAGAUGUUUCCAAAAAUUUCCAUUAACCUGAGUUAGUGAGGUUCUGUUCUUAAAAUUUCAAGUUACAUUUUAUGUCCCCUUUCAUAACCCAGUGCAGUCUCUGACUGUUGAGGAAUGAUAUACGCAUAUCACUUUUAAAAAUAGCUGGAUAGGAUGAAUCCUCAGGCAUUCAGACUCUUUUUGUUUUCUUUUGUUUUCCCCUUUCCUUUUUCUUUUUUUGACCAUUUUCUCUGUUGCAAAGAAUAAUUAUCAAUCCAAAUUAGACUUUUAAAAAGUGGUGUGCAUCAGUCAUGAGCAAGAUUUAAUUCUCUUAUUCAGUGCAAUUCAGCAAGUACUUAUUACACAUCCACCUUAUUCUCAGCAUUGUGCUUGCCUUAGUAAAUAGCAAGAACUUCUAGUUCCUCUUAACUAUUGCCAGAUAGCACUGGUGAAUUCCUAUCCCUAACUGGUAAAUAAAUGUUCUAGUAGAAACGUAGUCCUCUAAAUCACACACUCUGCCGAUGUGCUGAUUUGAGAUGCCAGGGCCAUUUUCCUGUUGCUUCAGAGAUAUCUUUGUGUCAGUGCCCUUUGGAUCUGAAGAUGUUUCUGAGUGUGGCUGUUUCAUAUGUGAGGUAGGGUCCACAGCCCAGCCGGUGCUGGCCUUCCUUCCCUCUGAAACACGUAUACAGCAGCAUCUUACUUGCAGCUCUCACAUGCAUCAUCAUCUACCAUUUGUCACUUUGCUUCUGCCAUUACAAACUGGCCAAUGAUUUUAACACAUCAUGUUACACUUUUGUUUCCCAGUAGUUCUA